AUGAAUCGCCAUCCCGUCUGGUCAACCGCCAAUUACACUGCGGAGCACAAGGACUUGCAGGCCGUGUGCCUGGCCACCUCCAACAAUGGAAAGUGUGCGCUCAUCUCAAGACGGUCCAUUUCGGUGAUUUCCACUGAUAAACUGAGCGAUGUCGAGUACAACAUUAAACGUGAUACCAAGUGGGAUACGACCUACGCUGAAUUCAGCACUCUUCAGCGCAGCUACAUUGCCAUUACCAACGCCCAAACAGUUCAGAUCUUUGAUACUGACGAUACCGGUCCGACGUCGCUCAUCCACACGCUGAGAGGUCACACUCGCACAAUUACUGAUUUGAACUGGUCGUACAAUGAUGCUAAUGAGUUGGCAACUGCAUCGUACGACAACUACAUGCACAUUUGGGAUCUUCGUGAUGGCGCCAGAAAACCAUCCUUAUCAAUGCAUUCAAUUGCCGGAGCGACACAGGUCAAAUGGGCCAAAAUGGACGACCACUAUCUUGCUACGAGCCACGAAGGAGAUGUUCGCAUUUGGGACAAAAGGAAAAGCAACACUCCAAUCCACUACAUAACAGCUCACCUCUCCAAGAUUAAUGGAAUUGACUGGAAUCCAUCUUCUAGUGGACAAUUUGUUACCUGUUCUCAAGACGGCAAUAUUAAGUUUUGGGACCUUUUGACAAGCGUUUACAAAGGAAAAUCAGAUUCCAUUUUAAACACCGGAUUGCCCGUUUGGAAGGCCCGUUUCACUCCGUUUGAAAAUGGACUGAUGACUGCACUUGUGCCUCAACUGCGAAGAACAGAAAACAAUUUGUGGUUGUGGAACAUUUCCAAUCUUGCACAACCCUUGCAUUCUUUUGCUGGUCAUUUGGAUGUGGUGCUUGAUUUCGGUUGGAACGUCAAAUCGAAUACUGAAUGUGAGCUAAUCACCUGGGCCAAGGAUAACGCCCUUCGACUGUGGCAACUGAAUAGUCAGACUUUUCAAAACACCAUCGCCCAGAGCAAUAACACUGAGGAAAGUGCCGAUUCUAAUGGCGAUCAGGAAGAGCAGUUUAAUUCUGAUUCAGAGUCAACCAAACUGGACAACAUUGAGCUGGGCAGAUCAAAUAACCCUUCCCCUAUUUCAAGCAAGAUUGAGUCGACUAAAAGUGAAAACGAUAACGACUCAGACUUGGGCAAGUCUGAAGCAGUUGGCGGCGGCAGCAAUACGCUUACCUCAAACAGCAUCAUCCUCAGCCUGAGCCAGGAGUUUUCGCUGGUCAACCAGAAUAUCCCAAACAUCAUUAUCGAGGAGCUGAACGCCGCCAAGCGCAUCUGCAUUGUGGCCACCAAGUCUGUAUUUAGCUGUCGAUUGAAGAUAUUUUUUCCGCAAAACUACCCGUACAAUGUGAUUCCGCAGUUUAUGUUUCUCAACGACAAGAGCGACCACGACACAUCAAUGUCCACCAAAAGCCUAACUGAAUCAAUGAAAAAAGAGCUUCUCAAGGUGCUGCAAACAACGGCCACUUCGCAGGUGCAGCGAAACCGGACCUGUCUGGAGAAGUGCCUUCGCCAGUUCACCUCCACCUUUGAGCGCCUCAUCUCGGCCAAUCACCAGAAUGCAACUCCGGCGAAGAGCCACACACUGCUUGAUCUAUUGCCUAGUCACAAGUACGGCAGCUACCUCGAUGCAUCAGUGCCUUUCCCGCGCACCUCUGGCGCCCGAUUUUGCUCCUCCGACAUUCUCGUCUGCUUCGGACGACCGCCUCAUCUGGAGCAGAUGAACGCCCCCACCGAGUUUACGCCUCGGUCACUGUCUGCCCUCUCCGCCUACCUCACCACUCACGUCCGUGCCUUCAAUAAUCACUUCAAGGACGACAAAAAGGACUCGUUCGCACUUUCCAUCUCCAACUUUUACAUUGACUCUUCGCGCAAGCGUAAGCUGCGCCACAAAACCAGUAGUAGUCACGCUGACAAGUCGCCAAAGCACAAAACGCCAAACCUCUGCGGUCCAGUGUCGGUGUUCAAUGCUGCCAAACUGCUGCCCAUCUCACGAUCUCUUGCCGAGCAGUACAUUGUCACCAGCAAGGACGGCAUCACCGGAAUCUGUGAGAUGAACGCCAAAAUCGCCGCCAACUCCUCUCGACGCGACCUUGCUCAGAUGUGGACUCUGGUGCGUCUCUCUGCGGAGAUUUACCUGAAGAGUAUGCGCAGCUCUGACAGUUUUCUCACCCCCUGGUCGGAGCAUCCUUUUGGCAGGAAGAUGAUUCAAUCGAUGAUUGAACACUAUGCUUUGAAUAACAACGAUAUUCAAACGGCUGCAAUGAUUGCCUGUGCUUUUAGUCAACUAAACGUCAACUCGGAGAGCUUUCUCAUCAAGCCUUUCUACGCUCUCGAUCAAGACACAAACAUGGUACCUCACAUUCUGGACCCUGACUACAUGCUGCAGUAUGACUACUACAAGAAGAUAUACGCCGAUGUUCUCUACCGGUGGAAGCUCAUCGAGAAGCGAGCCCUCCUCCUGCAGACCAUUCAGUCACAGCUGCUGAGCGAAGACGAGUCACUGUACCACCUGCCAUUCGCCACUCUGUGCCCUUCCGAGCGGUGCACCGCCGACAAAAGGCUCUGUCAUGAUGUGUUCUGCAGUGUCUGCAAGAAGCACUCGCUCGUCUGUUCGAUGUGUCGAAUUCCGGUGAAGGGUGCCGCCAACUUCUGCAUCGACUGCGGUCAUGGGGGUCACACUGAGCACAUGGAGGAGUGGUUCCAAACGCAACUUGAGUGUCCCACUGGUUGCGGCUGUCAGUGCAUACCAUCAUCCCAGGCAGAGUGA